UAUACAUGCUAAUCAUCGUCUCUGCUGCUUAUUUAAUCACCAACGCGCGAUGCAACGUCCCGAAAUCGCAUCUUUCUCCGCCUCACAACUCGUUGGUGUUGUUUUGAAUUGCUUUUCCCUUAAGGCGCGAGCGCGCGCCCACCACACCACACCACGUGGUGUCUCGGGUCCGCGCACUCACUUUCGAAAGUGAAACAACAACAAAAAGAAGGGUAAAUGUCCAUCAAAGCGCGCCCACAAGCUAGCAAAAAGCAAAAAAAAAAAAAUCUAGAAAAAAAACACAAGACAAACUCUCAAACAAGGAGCCAAGUCUCUAUCCGCUUUUCCCUUUGAAGCUCUGGACAGCGCGCAACCAGUUGUUGUUGUUGUUGCUGUUGUGUUUACGCUUAUAAAACGCAACAAAAACAACAACAGCAACGCCAUCUCGCGCGCGCGCCGCACGCCUUACGUAACUCUCUUUUCAAAACACGUUUUCACGCUUUCUUCGCGGGGUGAGUUCCCCCCGGCGGCGCUCAACAGGUGAGUGACCGCGCGGCGGCGCGACGGCGAAAGAAAAAGUUUAAAUAUUUAUUUAUUUAUUGUUUGGUUUGAGUGACUUGUUUACAUCCGUUCGCGCUAUGCGCGAGAGAGUGAGUUCGUCUCGGCGCGCCUGAGUGACUACCACGCGGUUUGGGAACAUUUCCAGCGCCUACUCUGUCAGUUGCUCGCCGGCUUUCGUUGCGGUUGGAGCGUCGUGUCGUGGUGAACCUUCGUCUGCGUCGUCGUUGUAACACGUUGAUUAUCGGUUGAAGGGUUUUUUUUGUCGGUUUUUGUUCCAGAAUUGGGGUUACAGUGAGAGUGAUUUGAAGGACUAUGGAGUGAAGAUUUGGCAACUAAGGACUGUUAUACUGUGGCCAGUGGUGAAGUUCGGUGAUACUCCAAUGGGUAGAGAUGAACAGCGCAAUUCCGUCAUCAUGCAUGGAUCGAUACAUCAAUCGAUAUAUAGGGCCACCGCAUCCGGUUCAGCAGCCGCAGCAGCAGCAACAUCCGCAUCAACAGCAGUUGCUUAGCCAGAACGGGUUCUACCCGCAUCAGCAACUCUUGCAGCAACAGCAGCAGCAGCAGCAACAGCAACAUCAGCAACAGGUCGUCCAGCAGCAGCAUCAACAGUUGUCCCAGGGACAUGGACCUCCGCCGCACAAUUUCAUGGUCGGAUGUUACAGCAACGCCAGCGGUUGGACGGGAGUCCCGUUGAUAUCGACCGCAGCGCGUAGACCUCGGAAGUUUCCGCCGGUCAUCAACGGCGGCGGCCAGCAGAAUGGUCACUACCAACCGAACAGCAAGCUGGACUUUGACGAGAAUGCCAUGUCCAGGCUGGCGCUGCAUGCCCACGGGGCCCCGCUGAUCCUGGCCAACAAUCGGUACAACCGAUCCAACAGCAAACCCGGUCCCAACAAACCCAACAAAGUGCCUUCGAAUCACGCGCCAAGUCGCGAUGAUCACCUGCAGCACCAUCUGAAGAUGGUCCAAGCGAUGGGACAGCAACAACAGCAGCAGCAACAUCAACAGUUGUCCCACCCCAACGAUGCCCACUCGGUGGCCAGUGACGAGAGUGGUCCCAACUCGGGAACCACCAACUCCUCGGCGUCCUCAUCGUCCUCCUCAGACACCUGUCUGCCGCGGAUCAUCAAACCGCGCAAACGAAGAAAGAAGGACCGGAAACCCGCCCAACAAACCGGAUCUACCCCGUCUUCAGAACCAACCCAGACUUCGACGACCUCGUCGACCCCACAGCACUCCGCCGUGAACCAGCUUCUGCUGGACGAAACCACGCGUGACUUCCUGCACGAGAUCGCCCUCAUGGCGAACGCCGGAACGUUCGACUUUUCCGGACUCAUCCGCGAACAGCAGCAGCAGCAACACCAACAACCCGUUCAAGUCCAGCAACCCCCUCAACAGCAACAUUUCAGCAGCAGCAACAGCGACUCGAGCGACUCGGGCAUCAACAACCUGGCCUGCUCGUGCCGGUUGUGCGAUCCGUUCUGCAAGAUCUGGGCGUUUCCGCUGCGGCGGUCCUGCUCGGACAACAGCGCCGAGAUCGAGCUGAACCGGGCCAAGGACGUGGGCGUGAUCGGCAGCAACCGGAGCAACUCGUUCCGGAGCGAGUGGCGCAGCUCGCCGCACUCGUUGGAGCAGCAGCAGCAGCAGGAUCUUGGCGGUUCCGGAAGUCGGAAGGGCAGCUUCAGCGACUCCGGAGAUUCCGGGUGUGACCUGCUGAGCGGGUUGACGUUCUGCUCCGAGGACAUCCUGAGCAGCGUCAACAGGGAGCUGUUCCUGACGCCGGUUGACGGCGGCAAGGAGUUCAAGUACCCGAUGACCGGAGGAGGUGGUGGUGGCGGUCCCAACAGUAUUAGUGGCAGUGGAAGUCCCAGCAGUAGUGUAACGGCCGAUGGCGCUAGUGAGAUGUUACUGAUCAGUGAGCUAACGAAGAAGCUGAACGAAGGGCUGGACCUAAGGUCCAGCGGGGGAGGCUCGUCCGACAGUGGCUCGUCGGUGUUCUCCGACAGUGUGUUUGGGGAAGGUUCGUCCCCGCCGGGGACGGCCAACGGCGGGUCCGCGGAUCUGUUUGUGAAUUUCGACGCGAUCUCGCGAAACAACCUGUUCAGUGUGAAUAACAUCAGCAAAUUGAGCAAUCUUCUGUUCGAUGACGGCCUAACGGCACCCGGUCUAGUGAUAAAUAGUGGCCAACAUCUUAAUCAUAAUAAUAAUGUGCUCGUCGGCGGCGCUAACGGGACCGCCGCCGCCACUGGUGUGAAUUACAUCCGGAACAAGAACGUCCAAAAUCCGCCACCGCCGACCUCCUCGGCUCCAGUGACAACGACGACCCAGCAGCGUCCCCUGUUCAGCGAGCAUCAACCGUUCGUCUUCGUGCCGGACGCGGAUCAGCAGCAGCAGCAGCUCAACUGCUUCGAUAUGGUUUGGAGUAACGAUCGUAAACUACUUCCGGUCGAGGAAUAGAGGGGCGACCCUAGAGAACAAGUGCUUCAUCUCGUUAGGUUAGGCACAGAAACAGAGUUAGGCUCGCGAACUACGCUCGCGCAGACAAAUUAAAUUUAGAGAUCCUCUCUUCCCUGCUUUCCUGAAGAUCCCCGCUGGGUCGGGCCCUGCGGUAGCACCGCGAGAGAGAGAGAGAAACAAGCCGUAGCAAUCAGCACCAGAAUUAAUAAUCAACCUCUGGGUGUACGAAUCUAUCUUCUUUUGUUCUAUGCACGGAAAAAAAAGUUCGGCGUUGUCGCGAAAAAGUGCUGUCGAAAUCGUUUACAUUGUUUUCAGACCCUAAAGAAGACACUUUUCGAUGUAGAAACACACUUAAAAUUUCAUUUUUAGUUUCGUUAAC